CACGGCGAACGUGGUCGAGAGAGAGAGAGAGAGAGUCGCGAGGAUUCUCUUGGCCUUGCUCAAUUCGCGGACAAGCAACAUCCACCUGCAAGCCACGGCCAUUUGGUCUCGACCCUAUUCUUACCCACCUCCUACAAUCGUGUUGCGAACUGGGGAAACGUUCCUUCAAUCGGCACAAGCACAGACCACCAAUUGGGCCUCGAGUCAGAGGAGAUUGCAGCGUUGAGCUUUUGAAGAAAGAAUUUUUUUCGUUUGAAUUGAUCGGUAUGCAAGUACCCAGAUGGCGAAACUUGUUGGUGAUCAAGGAUUCGUUGAUGGGUUCACCGUCUGCGGGGGUUCGUUCUGCUGCUUUUCACUCGACUCCGGCCGCUUGCGAUAAAUGGAAGAGUAAAUGGAACUCUGAUUUUGCUAGAGGUGGUCAACAGCCAUCUAAGAACUAUAUCAGAUAUGCAACACGCCAGAAGCGUGCAGAUACAAAGAAGGCUCUGAAAGAUCUCCUCUUGAACAGCGGGUCCUCUAGAUUUUCAUUCCAGGACAAGGGCCCUGCCUGGAAUAUUGAUGAGACAGAAAAUCAGUCAGAUAAUUGUGGUGAUAGAGGUAGAUCAAAGUCAUCUUCUCGGCGUGCUGGGAAGAGCCACCAAAAGAAAAUGAAGCGAAAGUUUAGAAGGGAGAGCUUCUGUGAGGACCUAGAUGAUCAUCCUGAGACGGUAUUUCAAGCAACGUUCGGGAAUAGGUGGUAUACUUGGUCUUUCAAUUCAAGGCACUCCUUUUCCUUUGAAAAUGUAUCGUCUGGUUUCCAGUGGAGAGAGGAUUUCAACUGUGGGAACCGCAGAACAAGAGAAUGGGAAACGGCAAGUGAAGCAGAGUCUGAUGACGAGUCCAUUAGAAUAGGAUCAGUGUCCGAUAGAAAAAUGCUGGGUUUGCCUACAACAGGUCCUUUGAAGAUAGAAGAUGUGAAAAACGCAUUUCGACUAUCAGCCUUGAAAUGGCAUCCCGAUAAGCAUCAGGGCCCUUCACAGUCAAUGGCUGAAGAGAAGUUCAAGUUAUGUGUUGACGCAUACAAGUCGCUGUGCAGUGCUCUUUCAGCGGCUUAAACCGUAAGCUUUGGUGCAGACAGGUUCAGCUCUUCGCAACAUUUCUUUCCAAGAGAAGGUUCAGUGAUAUUGUGACAUGAUUUAUUUAUUUCUACUGAUCAUCCUUACAAAGUUCAUAUCAGACGGUUCUAAACUUUUCCUGGUGCUACAUUUUUAUCUUGAUUUUUAAAAUUCCUUAUCAGAAAUUUGCAUCUUGCAACCUGAGGGUUUUUCUUCCAUUGUAACGAGUAAUUUGAUCAAGCUACUCAUUGGCCAAAGGUCAUUAUAAUAAGUACUGCUCUGUAGUUGGCAUUCUGUGAUUUCGAGAGAUUAUUAGAAAUGAUGAAUGCUACUUCAUUUUCCAAA